CGCCCACUGCUGCGCUCUGAAUCCACGCAGGCAAAGAUGAGUUACGGAUCUGAUAUGUUCUCCUCCUCCUCCUACAGGAGGAUUUUCGGGGAUUCUCCCCGUUUCUCCUCUCCAUCGCGCUCCUCGGUAAGCGUGUCCUUCCGAGGGGGAUACCGUUCCUCCUCCUUGUCCCGAACCAGCAUCCCCUCUGUGGGCUCCUACAGCAGAAAGUCCGGCCGCUCCUUCUCCACCCCGCUGGAGACAUUCGACCUGACCCAGAGCAGCGUCCUCAACAAUGAGUUCAAAAUCAUCCGCACGAACGAGAAGGAGCAAAUGCAGGGUCUCAAUGACCGCUUUGCCAUGUUUAUCGAGAAGGUUCGCAACUUGGAGCAGCACAACAAAGUGCUGGAGACGGAGCUGGUGGCGCUGCGUCAGCGGCAGGCAGAGCCGUCCCGUCUGGCGGAGCUCUACCAGCAGGAGAUCCGAGAGCUGCGCUCUCAGCUGGACGAGCUGAACGGAGAGAAGUCCCAGCUGGUGAUAGAGAGGGACAACAUCGACGACGACCUGCAGAAACUCCGCGGGAAGUACGAGGAGGAGUUCCGCGCCAGAGAGGAGGCGGAGGCCACCCUCAAGGCUUUCAAGAAGGACGUUGACGAUGCCACCAUGGUGCGCCUGGACCUGGAGAAGAAAGUCGAGUCCCUCCUGGACGAGAUUAACUUCCUGAGAAAGGUGCACGAAGAGGAGGUGGUCGAGCUGACGGACAUGAUCCAUGCCGCGCAGGUAUCCGUGGAGAUGGAGGUGGCCAAACCGGAUCUCACCUCCGCCCUGAAGGAGAUCCGCGGCCAGUAUGAGUCCAUGGCGUCCAAGAACCUGCAGUCUGCCGAGGAGUGGUACAAGACCAAGUUUGUGGACCUGACGGAGCAGGCCAACAGGAGCAACGAGGCCAUCCGAGCCAGCAGAGAGGAGGCGAACGAGUUCAGGAGGCAGCUUCAGUCCAAGAUCAUCGAGAUAGAGAGCCUGCGGGGGACCACCGAGUCUCUGGAGAAGCAGCUACACGAGAUGGAGGACAGACACAACAUGGAGAUUAACUCCUACCAGGAAAGCAUGGCUGAGCUGGAAAAUGAACUGAGGACCACCAAGAGUGAGAUGGCUCGACAUCUAAGAGAAUAUCAGGAUCUUCUCAAUGUCAAGAUGGCCCUGGAUAUAGAAAUCGCAGCAUACAGGAAACUCCUGGAAGGGGAGGAGACCCGCAUUGGAACAGGCAUCAGCUAUCCUAGCCCCUCCAUAAGUGGGGGUGUCGGGCAGGGCUACAGCUACCAGACCCGAAUCUACAGCAGUUCUGGAAAGACCUCCAAGAAGGAGGGCAAGGAGGAGGAGCAGCCUCAGAGCAAACCCACUGGGAAGGUGUCCCAGCGUGAGGUUUAUGAGGAGACUGUCGUGACAACCAAGAAGAUGGAGAAGCAGCAAGAAGACGUACCCACUAAUCAGAAAAACUAAAAACUUACCCGUAGGCUGUCCUAAAACCACUAAAUCUUUUCGUUUUGUUUUUUUGCAAACAAGCAGCCCUUUUGAUUUACCAUCUUCAUAAGCAAUCAUUUUAUUGCAUCAAAAACAGAACAUUUAAUUCACAAAGUUAUUGUUGAAUAACAACAGACACUUUGGUAGCAUUUUCCUCAAAGUCACACUCUUUAAAGGUAAUAAUAUUCAACUGGUCUUCGUCACUAAUGUUCUGUCAUCAUAUAGGACUGGCACAGUAAACAAUAACUCUGGUUUGUCUUCAUACCACAAGCUGCAAUGUAAUCUCAACACGUCUUAAGGGGAACAAAUGUGUGACUGUUAGGGUGCACAAUACCACACAAAAAUAAGUCAGAAACACAUCAACUGCCACACUUUUAUCAGAGACAGUUUCAGGAAGAAAUAGACUAUAUCAUAAAUACACAGUCUAAGAAGAAAUUAAGCUAUAGUUAUCAGGUUAACUCUUACAGUUUUUCCUAUGAUAAUAGGUGAUUAUAUUGAGGAAUUCUGUUCUUGGUUGAACUCUAUUCACAAUUUAUCGAAAAUCUUACUGUCUCAUAGCUUUGUUAUUUUAAUGAGAUUAGAACUUGAAUCAAUCAGUUUCUGAACUGUUUUAAUUAACUUUUGUUUGCAUGUGCCAUGCCUGGCUGGUUUUUGUCAACUCUCUGCUCCUUAGAUGGAUGGUUGUUUGUUGUUUUUAACAUGGAAGCUGAACUCCACUUUUAUCAUACUUAAGAUGCAGCUUUAGGCCACCAAUAAUGUGAAUAACUGGAAGAAAGCAAUCUUUAAAGCACUAAAAUGGAAAUUAAUUACAUAAGCUUGGAAUGACUUACUGUUUGCACAAUGUUUAAUUAAGGAUAAAAGGAAUAAUGCUUUUUUAAACACUAUUAACACUACUGAAGAUGAUGCCAUAUUGUACUUAAAAUACAAAAAAAAAGGUUUCGGGUCUGGUUGAAUAUAUGUGGGAUCACCACACAUUAUUCUUUAACACAAAUGCAUGAAAUUCAGUUUGAUUUUAUGUCUCUGGGUGUGAUUUAGUCUAUACACACUAAAAAGAAAAAAAA